CGCCGCCUGCAACAGCGACGCGGAUCUCAGCCCGAGACCCGCACCGGCGACGACGACCCGCACCGGCUCCUGCAGCAGCUCGUGCUUUCGGGAAACCUCAUCAAGGAGGCGGUGCGCAGGCUACAUUCGCGACGGCUACAGCUACACGCAAAGCUUCCCGCACACCCGUUCCUCGGGCCAAUGUCAGCCCCGGUGCACGAGCCGCCUUCGCCCGGGAGCCCUCGAGCGGCCUGCAGCGACCCUGGCGACUGCCGAGGAGGGCGCGGCACAGAACUGGGGACGACUUUCUUGUCCCUGGCAGCUAACAACCAGGGUGGCCACCGCACCAGCCUGUACCUGGGGACCAAGGGAUUCACCCAGGACAGCACCGGGUUGGUGGAGGACUCGAGCCUUUGCAAACGAGAUAAUAAGCUAAGGAAUACAGCAGAAAAAUCGCAAAUAUUUUCAUGGGGUAGCUGAAGUUGAGAGCCCCAAAUUAUUUGAAAUCCGGGAUUUAGGCUUGUUUAAAGAAGCAGAUUUUAUAGAGCGCACCGCAGGCUGUCAGCAGGACUCCUUUUCUGGCGUAAUUCAGCCUGGUAGCUGCAAUUCCGCGCAGACUCUGCUGUGGCAAUCCGGCGACCACGUGGCCAUGGUGCAUGCUCUCAGGAUCAGCCAGCCAUGGAACGAAGGACGAUGAUCACAGUUACUUGCUGUACUUUUCAGGACUGCUUCCUGAUCCACUUUGGGGGAGGGGGGAACAAGAAUGGAUGUAGUUUCGGGGAACACCCCAAAAUACUACACUUGAACAUUUUAUGGCAGUUAAAAGACCGUCUCAUGUCUUUGCGGUGCUGGUUUUAAUGUAAAACAUGCGGUACCACUAAAGGACCCUCUUGGGCCUAAGUAGAAGUAACAUUUUUUCGCCUGUCUGUACCUUUUUUGCAACUGGUUGCUGUUACCGGAGUGUUGAGGGAAUGUCGUACCACACGUGGGGGUGGGAGGCGGCAGUGAGCGGUGUUGGGCGAUGGAAGGGUACGUCAAAGCCUGGAUUGAACUCUCCUGCCUUCCUAAAGUGUUUUUAAAGGCGACCGGUUCCUGCUUGGGUUCAAGGUCACUGUUUCCUGGGUGUGCACCGCGUUAUGGGGCACCGGCACAUAGACUAGCCUAAUUGCCUUGCUGGGAGAAGAUCGUACUGUUUUGCAAAUACUGGAGUCCCCUAAGGACACGCGCCCUACCUCCCGGAGAAGCGGGGGCGGGGUAGUGCUGGGUGUCUGUGCUUCCCGCCUGGGGCCACCGCCCCUGCCCCUUCUCUCGGCUUGCACAGAAACUGCCUGGAGACAGUGUCCCCAGUACCACCUUUCCCCCUUGGCUCUGCUGCCCUGCUCAAGCCUGAGGAUCCUAGGGGCCAGGAAGGGGGACUAGGGCGGCUCUACACAAGGGGCACUCCCGGCACACAGUCUCACACAGCCGCUUAUAAUGGGCUCUCGGGGCCAUUUGUAAUAACAGCUGCAAUUCCCUGGAUAGAGGGAGUUGAUUUCCUCCUCCCCACCCUCCCCCAGCUGUGCCAGCUCGCCUUUGUAAGUGAAGGAAACCGAGUAGAAAAUGUGACCCUCCAAAUGGAAAAGCUGCAGGCUUUUUGCUGUUGUGUUUGUGAUGUGCUUGGAAAUUCUGUUCACUCUGAGCGACCGUUUCGUUUUAGUUUUAUGGAGUCAGUGGCUUGUUGAGCAUCCAGAUGUGGCUAUUGACCAAUCUACACUUCGCACCGAAGUGACUGGAAUUGUGGCUGUCCUGAUUAUAGGAUUUUAACUUAACUGAAAUAACUGUUUUUGAAUAAAUGUGUUGGGGUUUUUUGUUGU